CAGUGGACUGACUUGCUAGACACCCUUGGUGAAUUGUACCGUCUCAGCUCUACUGAAGUGUCAGACUUUUACUUUGAAAAACUGACUUUUACGUAAACGGUUCAGGCUAUCAGCAUUGUAUUCGGAAUCAGUGUUUGGAGGUUCAGAGAUUUGGUUCGGUUGUUCGGGAUGGUGGCGAGCGGAUUGAAAUGGGGUUUUGAACGCGGUCGGAACAUCAUGAGCUCGUGUCUCUUCACAGUUCUGCUGCUGUUGGAUAUUUACUUUAAAUGUGUGAUCGGAUAUAUGAGUUCUCCCCAUGUGGGUGAGGAACCAAUGUACACAGCCCAGCAGAACCCUGUGAUGAGCAGUCCAAUAGCCCUGACAGCAGCAUCAGCUUCAUCAGUGGUCACCAAUAACUACACGUCAAAGUGUCCGAGUGGCGGGCUCUGCACCAAACUUCCUGCAGAAUGCAUCAGCUGCACGUAUCACCACAACUGUAGCUAUGGCCAACCAGCAAAUCUAACCUGCAGAACCAGAGCAGCUGUUCACUGUGUGAAUGCAUUGGAUCAGCCACAGCAGAAUUUCACCCUGACGGUGGACUGUCGGUUCUGUUGGCAGAUGGAUCCAUCUCAAUAUCGCUGCUCAAAUUUUAACAGCUGUAUGACAGUAUCGUGUCCUCGCAAACGCUAUAAUGCCACCUGUGAAGUACUGGAGCAUGUGCACUGUCUGGGUAAAAGAAAGUUCCAGAAGCGUCUGUUUUGUAACUGGACAGGAGGAUAUAAAUGGUCCACAGCUCUUGCUCUAAGCAUCACUCUGGGUGGGUUUGGAGCAGAUCGAUUCUAUUUGGGUCAGUGGAGAGAAGGUUUGGGGAAGCUCUUCAGCUUCGGUGGUCUGGGGAUCUGGACCCUCAUCGAUGUUCUUCUGAUCGCGGUGGGCUACGUGGGGCCUGCUGAUGGAUCUCUGUAUAUCUGAGGGUUGUAGCGGGCCAGUUACUCUCAUUCCAGAUUUCAAACCCCAUUAGUACGUGUUGCCGUCCAAACUCCCACUACAGCAGAUUCCCAUCUGCCUUGAAUGUGAGCUCAUGCCUUCAACAGCAUGCCUGAGAAACACAGCAUCAUCUUCCACCUAAAGCUUCUCUCUCACACAUGCACACAUGCUCAUACUCUGGUUUGAGGAAGAUGAUGAUAGAAGACAGCAGGUUUUAUUUCCAUCAGGGUUUCGUCAGAAGUAGGUGGGAGUCUAAAGAGGCAAAUUUGUACAAUAUGUAUCUGAAGAAUUGUGUGUGCGUGUGUGUGCGUGUGUGUGUGUGUAUAUAAGUGUUUGUUUUAAAUGUGUAUAUAUAAUAGUGAUGAGCUGUGCUAAAUGUGUUCUCGACAAUGCCAUUUUUUGAUUUUGUCUUUUUAAUUAAAACUGUUUUUGUUGAGUGGAUCAUUCUCAAGUACCGUUUCACUAUUGCACUUAAGUUGAAAACAUUUGUUUUAUAAAAUCAAUUGAAGAAAAAUAUUUUUUUAAAGAGAAGCUAAAUUCAGGAGAUACAAUUUAAAUAUCUAAAAAGUUCAUAGAGCACAGAACAAUCUCUAUCAGGCACAUUUGUGUUCUAGCCUGUACAAAUGUUACUUGUGCUCAAUGGUUCCAGGAGCAGUUUGUGUAUUUGAAGCUCCCAGUCACUGCCACUGUGUCUGGAACAGAAUAAAGGUCCGUGCGUCUCUGC